CGUUCCAUUAGCUGAUAGGCCGGACCGUAUUCUAUAUAAAAGGUGGACGAGACGGCCGCAGCUUUCCCCGGCAGUCAGCGGAUCGGGACGCGGAAAGCUGGCAGGCUGAAAGAAGCGUUCAGCUCACCGGACGGACUUUCUGGCUUUUGACCCUUUAGCUGUGGUUACACGGAUUUGCGUGGGACAAUGAGCUCGGUGGCGGUUCUUACCCAGGAAAGCUUUGAUGAGCAUCGCAGUGGGCUGACCCAACCAGCGGUCAGAGGUACGUGUCUUACAGUGGCGGCCAUUGGAUCAGAGGAGGAAACUGAUCCCCCCACUUACAAGGAUGCAUUCCCACCCCUCCCAGAAAAGGCAGUUGGCAAUGAGACACCUUCUGAACCUGCAGGUGCAUGGAGCAAGAUCCGGCCUAUCAAGUCUUCCGUUAUCACUCAGGUGUUCCAUGUCCCUCUCGAAGAACGCAGGUACAAGGACAUGGCUCAGUUUGGGGAGGGUGAGCAGGCAAAGAUUUGUUUGGACAUCAUGCAGAAGACUGGGGCACAAUUAGAGCUUUCUCUGGCUAAAGAUCAAGGCUUAUCCAUCAUGGUUUCUGGAAAACUCGAUUCUGUUAUGAAGGCAAGAAAAGAGAUUGUGACCCGGCUGCAGACACAGGCUUCAGCUUCAGUUGCUAUCCCCAAGGAACACCACCGUUUUGUGAUCGGUAAGAAUGGAGAAAAGUUGCAGGACCUGGAAUUGAAAACCGCUACCAAGAUUCAAAUCCCCCGGCCCGAGGAUGUCAGUAACCAAAUUAAGAUCACUGGCACCAAAGAGGGCAUUGAAAAAGCCCGGCAUGAGAUUCUGCUCAUCUCAGCCGAGCAGGAUAAACGAGCAGUGGAACGUUUUGACGUCGAAAAAGCCUACCACCCUUUCAUUGCUGGACCUUACAACAAGACAGUUAAUGAGCUCAUGCAUGAAACUGGAACAAGAAUUAAUAUCCCGCCACCAAGCGUCAACAAGACUGAGAUCGUGUGCACUGGAGAGAAGGAUCAGUUGGCCCAGGCAGUAGCAAAAAUCCGGCAAAUUUAUGAAGAGAAGAAGAAGAAAACCACCAGCAUUGCUGUGGAAGUGAGGAAGUCUCAACACAAAUAUGUCAUUGGUCCUAAGGGCAACAGCCUGCAGGAGAUCCUGGAGCGCACAGGAGUGUCUGUGGAAAUUCCACCUAGUGAUAGCAGUUCAGAGACUGUCAUCUUGCGGGGAGAACCUGAGAAACUGGGUCAGGCAUUAACAGAAGUGUAUGCAAAGGCUAACAGCUUUACAGUGGCCACUGUCUCUGCUCCAUCCUGGUUGCAUCGGUUCAUUAUUGGCAAAAAAGGACAGAACCUGGCAAAGAUCACACAGCAGAUACCAAAGGUGCACAUUGAGUUUACAGAAGGGGAAGAUAAGAUCUCCCUGGAGGGUCCCACAGAAGAUGUUGCAGUUGCCCAACAGCAGAUGGAAGUGCUCGUCACUGACCUGAUUGCUCGAAUGGAUUUUGCAGAGAUAACCAUUGAUCAUCGAUUUCACAGGCAUCUUAUUGGGAAGAGCGGAACAAACAUUAACAGGAUCAAGGAACAAUACAAAGUGUCAGUGCGAAUUCCCCAGGACAGUGAAAAGAGCAAUGCAAUCCGGAUUGAAGGUGAUCCCCAGGGUGUACAGCAAGCAAAGAAAGAGUUGCUGGAGCUAGCAUUACGAAUGGAAAAUGAGCGCACCAAGGACUUGAUAAUUGAUCAGAAGUUCCAUCGCACAAUGAUUGGUCAAAAAGGUGAAAGAAUUCGGGAGAUCAGAGAGAAAUUCCCUGAUGUGAUCAUUAAUUUCCCAGAUCCAGCUCACAAGAGUGACAUUGUACAGCUGCGUGGGCCUAAGAAUGAGGUGGAGAAGUGCACAAAGUAUCUCCAGAAAAUGGUGACAGAGAUGGUGGAGAACAGUUACACCAUCUCUGUGCCGAUCUUUAAGCAAUUUCACAAGAACAUUAUUGGAAAGGGUGGUGCCAACAUCAAAAAGAUUCGUGAAGAAUGUAACACUAAGAUUGACCUCCCGGCUGAAAACAGCAACUCAGAAAUGAUUGUCAUCACCGGGAAGAAAACCAACUGCGAGGCUGCACGUGAUAGAAUCCUGGCUAUCCAGAAGGAACUGGCAAACAUCACAGAAAUGGAGGUCAGCAUUCCAUCAAAAUUGCACAACUCGCUAAUUGGAGCCAAGGGACGCUUCAUAAGAUCCAUCAUGGAAGAGUGCGGAGGUGUACAUAUUCACUUCCCAAGUGAGGGCUCUGGCAGUGAUACAGUCACCAUCCGAGGACCAGCUCAGGAUGUAGAGAGAGCCAAGAAACAGCUGCUGCAGCUGGCAGAGGAGAAGCAAACAAAGAGCUUUACCACAGAAUUGCGAGCCAAGCCAGAAUACCACAAAUUCCUGAUUGGGAAAGGUGGUGGAAACAUCCGUAAAGUACGGGACCAGACAGGAGCUCGUAUCAUAUUUCCCACUGCUGAGGAUAAAGACCAACAGCUCAUCACCAUUGUGGGCACAGAGGAGGCAGUGAAGGAGGCUCAGAAGGAACUUGAGUUUCUCAUCAAAAGCUUGGAUAACAUUGUAGAAGAUUCCAUGUCUGUGGAUCCUAAACACCAUCGUUACUUUGUGAUCCGGAGAGGACAAGUGCUGCGUGAUAUCGCAGAGGAGUAUGGUGGUGUAGCUGUCAGCUUUCCCCGCUCUGGUGUGCAGAGUGAUCGUGUUACCCUGAAAGGUGCAAAAGAAUGUGUAGAAGCUGCAAAGAAGAGGAUCCUAGACAUUAUUGAGGAUUUGGAGGCUCAAGUGACCAUUGAGUGCAUGAUUCCUCAAAAAUUCCAUCGCUCUAUAAUGGGACCUAAAGGCUCUAGAAUCCAGCAGAUUACUAGAGAGCAUGGCGUGCAGAUUAAAUUUCCUGAUCGUGAGGAGAACCCUCAGGGAGCACCCAAUGCUGAGUCGCCAGCACAAGAGAAUGGGGAGGAAGGGCUAGAGGCUAAAGUUGCUCCUGAGCCUGGCUCGCCUAAGAAGUGCGACAUCAUAUUGAUAUCUGGCCGGAAGGAGAGAUGCGAUGGAGCCAAUGAAGCACUAAAGGCACUUGUACCUGUCAGUAUUGAAGUAGAGGUCCCAUACGAUCUUCAUCGUUACAUCAUUGGACAGAAGGGGUCUGGCAUUCGUAAGAUGAUGGAUGAGUUUGAGGUGAACAUCCAAGUGCCUGCUCCUGAACUCCAGUCUGACCUUAUCAUCAUCACUGGCCUUUCCAGUAACCUAGAUCGAGCUAAAGGUGGACUUCUAGACAGAGUGAAGGAACUUCAGGCUGAGCAGGAGGAUCGGGCUUUGAGAAGCUUUAAACUGGUCGUCACUGUUGACCCCAAAUUUCAUCCCAAGAUUAUUGGUCGUAAGGGGGCAGUUAUCAGCCAGAUCCGCACUGAGCACGAUGUCAACAUCCAGUUUCCAGACAAGAAUGAUGAAAGCCAGGAACAAAUCACAAUCACCGGUUAUGAGAAAAACACAGAGUCUGCUAAAGAAGCAAUCCUGCAAAUUGUUGGUGAUUUAGAACAGAUGGUGUCUGAAGACAUUACUUUGGACCAACGUGUUCAUGCCCGCAUUAUUGGGGGCAGAGGGAAAGCCAUACGCAAAAUUAUGGAUGAAUUUAAGGUGGAUAUUCGUUUUCCUCAGACUGGUGCCCCUGACCCCAACUGUGUGACUGUAAUGGGGAAACCUGAGGAUGUAGAUGAAGCCAUUGAUCACUUGCUGAAUUUAGAAGAGGAAUAUAUGUCUGAUGUGGUGGAGAGUGAAGCGAUGCAGUCAUACCUAAAGCCCCACUCUCAGGAAGAGUCCAAGCCCCAGCCAUCUAAGGGCUUUGUGGUGCGCGAUGCCCCCUGGACAGCUACAGGCAACAAUGAGAAGGCUCCUGACAUGACCAGCUCAGAGGAUUUCCCCAGUUUUGGGGCUCCAGUCGCCCCUAAAACAUCUCCAUGGGGCCCCAAGAGACACGGUGGUGGAAAGGGCAUGAUGCCUGCUGACAUGUCUGCUUCCUGUUAGUUCUCCUGUUGCUGUGUCUGAUUCAUUCAUCCCCUCAUCUCCUUCACCCCUUUCCUUUGCCUCCCAGAAUCUUGUAUAACCAGUCAAUGCUGCAGGGGUUUACUUGGCACUUCUGGGUUUCUGGCUCCUCAUGAAAAAUAAUAAAUGGGCAACGUAGUGACAGGAUAGGCCAUUGUGAGAAAAUUAUACUUGUCCCUACAGCUUUAGCUAUUUAAAGUGGUUUGUUUCAAAGUGCAAACUGCCACCACAGCAUCUUGCUACUCUUCAGAGUUGCAAAUGGUGUUGACUUGAUUACCAAGACAUCUUCCCUAUUUUAAUGGUUAAAUUCUAUGCCUAGUAUGAAAUGCAUCAAACCAUUGGAAGAAAUAACCAUUGGCCCACAGAUGUGAUCUACUUGGUAGUUAUGUGUUUUUUUUAAAAAAAAGUGAAAAACAAUGAAUGUUUAGCGUGAGGGUAGGAUGACUUGGAGAGCUGCAUAGAUCUCCUGGGUGCCAUCCUGAUGCCCUCAAUACACUUGGGUCUUAAUACAACUACUGUCCUGCUGCAGUGCAGAAUGUAUUGUAAAGUGCCCUGUAACCCUGUCACUGCCAGAGCCAUUGUGGGGGUAGGAUAUGCACAAAUGGGGGUUUAAAGGGUGUGAACACCUUUUUCUCCUGCUUCCUCUCAUUCGGUUUUAAGUCAUUACAGGCAAUUGUUUUCCAAGCUGUGGAGAAGCCUAGAACUUUACAGUGGUGGUAUCAAAACUGAAUUUUACCCCUUUGCUGCUGAUGGAAAACAUGCCAUGAGCGGACUUGGUUAGAGAGCCCACCGCAUCUCAAUAGUCCUGUCACAGCCCUUCCUCUCGUCCCCUUACCUCUGAUGCCGGGGGAAAGGGAUCAUGUUUUGUCCUGUUUGGGUGGGGGAUAACAUUAGCUCCAGGUUUUUCCAGACCUCUCCUCAGCCCCCUUAACCCUUGGACAUUUCUUCUUACUGUGCCUCAGUAUCAACUUCCUGUACACAAAGUUCAGGAAAUAAACAUCCUAUAAAAGCCAAA